AUGUCGCUCACCGAGAUACGAAAUGCCGUCCUCCUGUUUAGCAAUCCAGUAUGGAGCGGCGCCAGUACGGUCCCGUCGACAAUCAUCAGAAACCUUACGGCUCUCUCGAAGCAGAUGGCAUAUGAGGAGCGCAUCACCAGUAACAUCACCACCUUGACCUCAACCAACGCCGAUUCACGCCAGAGCAUUUCUGGCCUCCUCUACGUCCCGGACCUCGACGGCUAUCCCGAAUGUGACCAACAACAGUACGAAUUCAUACCCGAAAAUGUGACACGACGAGAAAACCUACCUCCCACAAAUUACAACCUCAUCGCUCUCGCUCCUUGGUUCAGCAUCGACUGCACCCUAUCCUACCUCGCAUCUGCGCGUCUCGACCCCAUUCGCGCCUUCAUCUUCUACAAGCCCAACAAUUCGUCAAAUAAACCCCAAGAUGCAGACUCGCCUGUGUGGAAUUUGGAGGACGGCGGGGCUUGGAGGAAUGCCAACAAAUAUCCCAUAUAUGCCGUCUCAGGAAAGGAAGGUCAAGGUAUCAUGCAACAGCUGAGUCUUUAUUCAGGCCGCAUCGAUGACGUUCCCUACGGAAGCGAGAUCAACAAGCUCUACGGCCCAAAUCCAAAAGACUACGUUCGAAUAUGGACCGAGCUCUCGCUGCACGAUGAGUCGAACAUGCCAGCUCUCUGGGCCUUUUUCUUGAUCGUCAUCGGUGCUCUCCUGGCCAUCAUUGCCUUCGUCUCGGUUACCAUGCACCUAGUUCAACGGCGACGUCGAAUAUCUCUCAGGCGAAGAGUCGAAUCCGGCGAGGUAGACCUUGAGGCAAUGGGUAUCAAGCGCCUAACGGUGCCGGCCACUCAUGUACGCGGAUUCCCUCUGUUCACAUACAAUGCAGACCCCGAGUCGAUGGCCGCUCCUCCUACCCCCUCGUCUACCCGCCGUCUACGAAGCAGCCGGGGACUCGAUCAGCGCAGCAUCCGCUCCGGUGCCAGCGUUCGGAGCAAGCGAUCCAGUAUCGGCGUCAAUGGCGACAAUGCUGCUACCAACUUCCAGCCAAGCUGUCAUAUCUGUCUCGUCAAUUUCGACCACCGAGUAACCAUUAUCCGAGAGCUCCCCUGUGGACACAUCUUUCAUCCGGAAUGUAUCGAUGAGUUUCUGUUGCAAAACAGUUCUCUUUGUCCCGUGUGCAAGCAUUGCAUGCUGCCAAGAGGCUACAGCCCCAAAAUCACGAACGGCAUGGUUCGUCGUGAACGUGCCUUACGGCGAUUACGGGAACGGGUCGACCUUGAGGAUUUGUCGGAAGGAUCAACAGACAAUACCAAGAUCAGAGACUGGGGCAAACGACUUUUCCGAACCUCGACAUCUCCCACUCGACCUGCCUCUUCGCCUUUAGUCUCCCUGAAGCUAGGAAAGUUCAGACGACGUCCCGCAGAAGACACAACAGCGGAGGUGUCAGAACACGCGGAUACGCCACCAGCGCCUUCGUCAACCACCUCCCAACCGGAGGAGCCAGAAGCGACCACGCGUCCUCCUGCUACAGCCAAGGCCACGAAGCCGAGACGAUCGAGACCCCGGGCUUUGAACCUACUACCGACACAACCAGAAAAUUCCGAGUUGAUCACACCAACAGUAGGACGCGCAAGUCCCUCCUCAUUCGCUCGACAGCGUAUGCGUGAAAUUGCAGCCAAAAAUGCACCCUUUGACGACCCCGAUUCUCAAAGGGCAAUAUGGCUUCGUGCAAUUUCAAAAGUUUUUCCUGGAUAUUUCUAA